UCCGUGAUUCGCUUUUUAUUUUUUAAUGGAAAAACGUGCGAAGAAAUAAAAACGAAGUUGGAUGCCGUCUAUGGGAACCCUUCACCAUAUAUGACAACCGUCAGAUAUUGGUUCAACGAAUUCAAACGUUGUCGUUCGUCUGUUUUUGAUGAGGAGCGCCCAGGCCGACCGGCAGACGUGGUUACUGAGGAAAUCAUUGAAAAAGUCCACGACAUGAUUCUCGCUGAUCGCCGAACAAAAGUGCAUGAAGUAGCAGAGGCCAUAGGCGUGUCGUAUGGAACGGUAUUCAAUAUUUUGCAUGCUAAUUUGGGAAUGAAAAAGCUGUCGGCUCGAUGGGUGCCGCGAUUGCUCACGGUGGACAACAAGCGGAUGCGGCUAAAUUUCAAAGCAAUGUUUGGAGCUGUUCAAGCGCAAUCCGAAGGAGUUUUUGCGUCGAGUAGUAACCGUUGA